UUCACGUCGUAACGUGCUGUCGAGGUUUGCGCCUACAACACAGCUGCCGACGAACAUCCGGGUAUUCUGUCGAGAUGGUCAUGGCGGAGGGUACUGCAGUUCUCAGGAGGAAUCGGCCUGGAACCAAGGCAAAGGAUUUCUACAACUGGCCGGAUGAAUCCUUUGAGGAGAUGGACAGCACCCUCGCUGUCCAACAGUACAUUCAGCAGAACAUUCGAUCAGAUUGCUCCAAUAUCGAUAAAAUCCUGGAACCGCCAGAAGGUCAGGACGAGGGAGUGUGGAAGUAUGAGCACCUCAGGCAAUUCUGUCUGGAGCUCAAUGGACUAGCAGUAAAACUGCAGAGCGAGUGCCAUCCAGACACAUGCACCCAGAUGACAGCCACAGAACAGUGGAUCUUUUUAUGUGCUGCCCACAAGACACCCAAAGAGUGCCCUGCCAUUGAUUAUACCAGGCACACGCUGGACGGAGCUGCCUGUCUUCUCAAUAGCAACAAGUACUUUCCAAGCAGAGUGAGCAUCAAAGAGUCGUCUGUGGCCAAGCUGGGCUCUGUCUGUCGUCGCAUAUAUAGGAUAUUCUCUCAUGCCUACUUCCAUCACCGCCAGAUAUUUGACAAGUAUGAGAACGAGACGUUCCUGUGUCACCGGUUCACACGCUUUGUUAUGAAGUACAAUCUGAUGUCCAAGGACAACCUGAUUGUGCCCAUCCUGGAGGAGGAAGUGCAGAACACCUCAUCAGCUGGGGAGAGCGAGGCCUAAGACACAGCUGCUGCCAUAAGGGAGACCCAUGUAAACACACUAUAUAUAUAUAUAUAUAUAUAUAUAUAUAUACAUACAUACAUACAUACAUACAUACAUACAUACAUACAUACAUACAUACAUACAUACAUAACGGACACACGCUCACUCUCUCUCUCACACUACAGUGUAUUACGGCUCCUGUCUAGUAACACUGUCCAUGUCCUUCCUCCCUUUACACCUGUGUCUAUCUCUAAGGAAGUUAGGGUAAUGAAUACUGGGAGCAUAGUUCAGCCAGGCGUGCGGGACUAAAGGAUACAGCCCUGCUCUCACAAAUUCCUUAGGCAAACAGUUUUCCGUAACCUUCUUUAAGCAGCUGGAUUUGCAAAAACGAUGUGAUCAUGGUGACUUGUAUUGUUGACAAAGGCACACACUGACAGCCUCCCCCUGUAUAUAACCCUUACUCCUCCUCCUCGCUUUCUCUUAAUACACUGUCAUGUCUUUUGAUGGUGCUUCACUUUUUUUUGUGUCUGCUUCUGUUCUCUUACUCACUUUUGUUGCCUGUUUUGGGGGUGUCCCAUAAAAUGGAUCACUAAAUUAGCCUGCUGACUUAAUAAUGCUAUUAAAACACAGUGUAGGUGUGUGGCUUAUGUGGUAGUGAACAAAGAAAAACCUAAUCUCUAGCUCUGUACGUGUUCUAGCACUCAGUUAUUCUCUCUGGCCUCUGAAGUGGUGUUUCAGAGUAUUUAGGAAGGUUUGUUGGCUAACUCUGAUCCUGCUUUGUGACAUGCCCCGUGUUAGAGCUGUGGAAAUGUGCCUGAUAUUCAGCUUCCUUAAGCAUCUGAAACAGUGACGCUGUGGGCGGAAGCACUGCUGGACGCCUCUGAGAGUUUUCAGACUAAAUAACACAGGGAAGUACUGACUAUUAGCUGCGUUUCAAGUAUUGGAGCACAACCUCCCUUCUUUUACCCUCUUCCUCAUUAAGUUAUUUUGUGGGAGGAGUCUUGUCAAUCCAACCCACUUUUUUUUUUUAAAUGAACUAAAAAAUUUUGUUACUGUUGACAUUUUAAUGUCUGUUAAUAAAAAAACUAUUAUUCA